GCUGGUGCGGAGGUUCAGGAGCCACCAAGAGACGAAGGAAAAGAUCCAGAGAGCCAGAAACCGGAGGGAUGAGAGCCUGCAGCGGGCGGAGCAGGCUGUGGUCCAGUACAAGGAGUCGUAGCUGUACAUCCCAGAGCAUUCCCAGAACACAUGGUAAUGAUUUGCUCUCAUAGUCCCACAGCCUCUCCAGUGCUGGUGUUUAUAAAGUAUCUGACCAUAUUUUCCCAAUUAAACUCUCUCCAAGACUGUGAGUUGAUUGAUUUCUAUUGCUUUUUAUUUAAGUUUUCCCACCCCUCCAUUGAUAUUACAAAGUUGUCCUCGCCUUCCCACUUUUCUUCUAUGUAGAAUGUCUUCACCCUCACCAGCUCAGUAUGCUGAAAUAAAAACUUUUAAUAUACCAGAUCUGGAUCUUGAUUUUUCCAGAUCUUCUUUUUAAAAUAUUUUAUGAUGUGAUGUCUCAGCUGUAAAAAUCUAAAGAAAUCCUGGCUGGCCGAGCCAUAUUGUUCCCUCAAAUCUUGGAAGCUUUUAAGUGAGGUUCCCAAAGAAAUCCGAGUAAAUAUUCAGACCUCGCUCCUGCCACGUUUUGAACAUUUCAUCCAGCCUUUUUGGAAUAAAACCUGGAUUGUAGGCCACCCAGCGGAUCAGUGAAUUGGGCUCCUUGGACCCAAAGGACUUGGCCACUUUAAACCAGCAUCCAAUGACCGACUCUGCUCUCAUCUUGAAUCUGUCCCUGUCUGAGGUGACAAAGCAACUGCAGGAAGGCUCGCUGAGCCCUGAGGACGUGUUUUACUCUUACAUGGAAAAGGCUCUGGAUGUAAACAAAAAGCUGAACUGCUGCACAGGGAUCUUGUUGGAGAGUUUUGACCAGCUGAAAACUGUUGCCUCCAACAAGGAAGGUCUCUUGUAUGGAGUUCCAGUUAGCAUAAAAGAAAAUGUUGCAAUCAAGAAUCAUGACUGUUCUUGUGGUGUGAUCAUUAAUUUGGACCAGCCUGCCCAGAAGGACAGUGUGCUUGUUGAAGUUCUGAAGAGACAAGGAGCUAUUCCCUUUGUGAAAACCAACUUGCCCCAAGGCCUAUUAAAUUAUGACUGCAGUAACCCCAUCUAUGGGCAGACCUUGAACCCCCACAAUCUCCAGAAGACCUCUGGAGGUUCGUCCGGUGGGGAGGGGGCGCUCAUCGGGGGAGGAGGCUCCGUGCUUGGUUUAGGCAGUGAUAUAGGGGGUAGUAUCCGUAUUCCUGCCUCAUUCUGUGGGAUCUGUGGCUUUAAGCCAACAACAGGUCGUCUAAGUUCACAGGGUGUGAGACCCAUUUAUCGAGGGCAAAAGUCAGUGCUGUCAUCUGCUGGACCCAUGGCGAGGGAUGUGGACAGUCUGGCUCUGUGUAUGCAGGCACUGCUCUGUGACCACAUGUUUUCCUUGGACCCCACUGUUCCACCCCUACCUUUUAAUGCGCAGAUAUACCAGAGCUCCAAACCUCUGAGGAUCGGUUACCUAGAAAACAAUGGCUACACACAACCGUCUCCAAGCAUGGCUCGAGGCAUCAGAGAGGUCAAAGCUCUGUUAGAGCAAGCAGGACAUACUUUGGUGCCCUACUGUCCUCUGAAGAUCAGUCACGUUGUCACUGAACUGAUGGUAAAGGGUGUCUUAGCAGACGGAGCUACCACCAUGCUUCAAAAACUGGAGGGGGGCCCUCUGGACCCCUGUCUCAGAGUACAGGUUUUACCUUACUAUCUUCCUUGGUGGUUGAAGAAAACCAUCUCAUUCCUCCUCAAGCCACUGUCUCCUCGUAGUUCUUCUUUCUUUAGUGCUAUCGCUGGAGUUGGAUCUGUUCCAGAUCUGUGGAGGCAGCAUGCUGCUGUUGAGGACUACAUUCAUGAAACGAUAGCAGAUUGGAGAAGAUGCAAAAUAGACGUGCUGCUGUGCCCUGUGAUCGGACCAGCCUACAACUUCUUAUGCUGCGGCAAGAAUAGCCAUGUUCUCAUUUACAUGAUGCUUUACAAUCUCCUCAACUUUCCCGCCGGCGUUGUUCCUGUUUCCACGGUGACGGCAAAGGAUGAGGAGGAACUCAAGCACUAUAAGGGCAUUUAUCAGGACUACUGGGACAAUCUCUUCAAACAGGCUGUGUCUGGAGGCGAGGGUCUGCCCGUGGCGGUGCAGUGUGUCGCCCUGCCAUGGCAGGAUGAGCUCUGCCUGCGCUUCAUGAAGGAGGUGGAACAACUGGUCAAACAGAGCAGAAAGUAAGGCCUGGAGGCUAACAUCAGGGGCUUCAGGUUAAAUUUGCUGUGAAUCACUGAUGAUGAAGGUGCUCUUUUAUGUAGCAAUAACUACACAAAACACAACACCUGUUAACCACAUUAAAAUAAAAUUAGCUAUGAGUGAAAGUUAACACAAUUAAUAUUGCUUUGAAAAAUCUUUAAUGUUUUGAGUUUCUCUUCUGCUCUACAAGGAUGACCUCAGGCAUUUUCUUGCUUUUUAGGGCCAUAAUAAAGAUUUAAUAUAUUGUAACUGGUAAUCUGUUGACGGUUUAAAAUGUUCACUUCUUGUCUGUACUUGUCUGCUUGUGUUUAAUUAAUUCAUUGACAAAUCUCAUGAUUUUAAAAUGUCAUUUGAUUUUUAUCGUACAUAUAACAUAUAAACUUAGACAUUUGCUUUUAUUUAACAUUUUGUUUUAAAAUUAAGUCUAACUGACACUGACCGGUAUGAUUAUGUGCUCUUUGUUUUUGUUUUUUUUUCUUUUUGCAAAAUUCAGCAUCCUGUUUGGCCAUUAGUAGGUAUGAAAUAAGCCAAGUCUUUGUUCUGUUUUGCCACUCCUGGCAUUGUUUAAUAUUUCACGCAAUAUAGCAUGAAGAGGAACUACACAAUUUGGAAGAAAUUGAAUUCACGUCACCAUUAGGCAAAGACCACAUGCGGAGAAUGUUGAAAUUUGGAAUUUAUAUUGAUUAUGGAAAAUAAUGUCUCCUUAAUCAUGCUUGUCUCUUUACAAGAUCUGACUGCUUUCUGUGGUAUGAUAACUAAGAAUAAAAUAAAGUAACUGAUUUCUCA